ACUAUAUAACUAGUAUUUUAAAGUUUAAGUAUAAUGUGUUAUUAAUAUUUAUUAUAACUGAAUUACAUCAUACCUAUUAUAAACUAUUAGUUUUACUUUCCAUGUUUAUGAUUUGCAAAGUUUUGAACCCGAAAUUCACCAGGACUUAAGUCUCGAAAGGUAAAAAGUAUAUUGAUAAACCUAAUUUUUUGUUUUUAUUUUAUUCCUUCUUCAGCAAAAUUCUCGAAAGAUUAAUUCUUAAAAGAAUUCUUCCAUGCAUCUCUUCCAAUUCCAUAUUAUGCAUCUCUUCCAAUUCCAUAUUACCUAAUACACAAUUUGGUUUUCGUACCGCUCAUUCCUAUCUCUUCCAAUUCCAUAUUACCUAAUACACACUCUUCCAAUUCCAUAUUACNUUACUAAUCAAAUCUUACCUCGCGGAUCGAUAUUUUCAGGUCAGAGUUGGCACAUCCCUUUCUGUUUUAGCAAAGAUUAGCGCAGCCGUUCCUCAGGGGGGCAUUCUUUCUCCUCUAUUAUAUAACAUCUAAGCUGCCGAUCAACCCACCUCUCUGAAUACAGCUGUUGCGGAGUUUGCCGAUGACAAGGCCAUUAUUCCUAUCCAUGAUAAUCCUCACACAGCUUCCCACAAUCUUCAACUCCACCUUGACCUCAUGGCUGAUUGGUAUAAAAAAUGGCGUAUCAAAGUUAAUCAAUCCAAAUCACACCUUACAACAUUUACUCUUCGUCUUACUCCCUGUCCUAUGGUGUCUCUAGACAAUAUUCAAAUCCCUUCCUCUCAAACGGCCAAAUACUUAGGUCUGACAAUUGAUCGUCGUCUCACUUGGUCACAUCACAUAAAAACUAAAAGGCUUGCCUUAAAUGCACGACUCCGCAUCCUUAAAAUCCUAAUCUCUAACAACAAACACACUCCAUUAAAUACUAAACUCUUAAUUUACAAAUCCCUGUUCAAGCCGAUGUGGACCUAUGGUCUUCAACUCUGGGGUAAUGCCAAAAUAUCCAAUACUAAUAAAAUUCAAACUUUCCAAAAUAAAUUCCUUCGCUUAAUUACAAAUUCUCCCCCUUACAUCUCAAAUCUAACUUUACACACCGAUCUAAAAAUGAAAUCAAUCCAUGAAGAAGCAGUAGCCUUUUACAAACGAUUCCACUCUAAACUCCCUUCUCAUUCCAACCCUCUCAUUUCGAACCUUGCCACUCUCACUAUUCCUGGGAAUCCUCCCAGAAGGCUCAAAAGGAAAUGGUGUCGAGACCUCUUCACUGUUUGAUUAAAAUAAAGCAAUAUAAAUAAAGAAAAAAAUAACCAUCAAGUAAGGGCAGUGUUACCACUGGGUGACUCCUCUCAUCAAUUCAUCAUGUUUAUAUUUUUUUUUCAUUUACCACAUAUUCUUAUUGUUCCUCAAGGAACAGAUUGUAUAUUUCGUAAAUAAAAUAAAAAAAUAAAAAAAAAUUGUAUUACUUAUAUUUAUUGUUAAUUUAAAACAAUAUCAAAAUACCUACUUAAUUUUCAAACAAAAAUUGUUAAUAAUUUUAAAAAAACGGAAUUUUAAAUAUUUCUAGCAUAUUUAAUUUAAUUUAGAGUCUGUUUGAGUAUAUCUGAAGUAUUAAUUAAAUAUUAAUUUCUGUAUUAGGUUUACCUAAAGAUUGGUACUUUUAAAAAUAAUUCAAAAUGAUAGAAAUCACUUGCAAUGAUAGAUUGGGGAAAAAAGUCAGAGUAAAAUGCAAUCCAGAAGAUACAAUUGGUGACUUAAAAAAAUUAAUUGCAGCUCAAACUGGAACUAAAUGGGAAAAGAUAAUCUUGAAGAAAUGGUACACGAUUUUCAAAGAUCACAUACGACUACAAGAUUGUAUCCUUUUAGUAUAAUUAAUACCUUUUAAAAAUGUAUACUGGUGUAGAAUCCAGUACUGACUAUCAAAAUAUUUUUAGUUGAUAGUUUUUCUUUUAGGCAAAUAUUUCUAAAUAUACAUUAUUUGUGAUUUUAAUAUAAACAAAACAAAUUCUAAUAAUAUUAUAACGUAUAUUUUUACUAUGGGCAAACUGUUUCUAAUUUGUACAUUAUUAUUUCAAAUGGAUUAUGUACUAUAUAUUUAUAUGACGUAAAGCUUUUAUUUCUACUUCUUAAUAUGAAUCUAACUAGUUCCAAAUAGUUCUCUUUGUUUGCUCAAUAUAUUGUGUGCAUAUUGACUGGUUAUUUUACAUAAGCAUCAUAAAUCCAUAAACCAAGUUAUUCAGUAGAACCCAAAAACCAUUUAACUUUUAACCAUGAUUACAUUGUUAUAUAUGUCUUACCAUCAUUAUUAUUUUUUUAACUAUACCAAUUAUUUGUUAUUGUAUAGGAUAUUGCUUAUAUCAUUUUAGUGUUGCUUACAACCCAAGUACUUACAAUUUUACCAUGACCAUUAACAAUUUUUUUCAAUCAUCAGAUGAAAGAUUCAACACCAGUAUAUAUGUGAUCAUUUUUAUCAUUAGAAUUAUUAAUACUUUAAACUGAUUGGUUUUUGAACUAAAAUUGCAAAUAACUGAACCCUAACUAAAUAGUAUUGUUUUUAGUAUAUUUUGUAAAACAUAUUCAUUUGUAUUACCUUUCAACUAGUUAUUUUAAUUAUAUUGUUAUUAUUAUAUUAUUGCAAACCAUACAAAGACAAGUGAAUAAAACUAUUAACUGAUACUAUUAAUAUGUAUGCAGUGACGUAUCUAGGAAGACUAUGGUUUUGUUAAAAUUGAAAAAUAAUAAUCAUUGCACACUGGGACAGUACGACCAUAUAGUCUGCUAUCCCAAUAGAACACUUCUUGUUUUUAGGUUGUGAACUAAUGUUUAUUAUUGUAAAUUUGUACUUUUAUAUUGGUAACAAUAAAAUUUUUUUCGACUUAAGAACUUGGUCCUUUCUUGAUGAAUGGACCAAUAGAUUUCAAUAGUGGUUAUUAAUUAUAUAUUUCAUUUAUUUGGUGGAUUUUAAAGGCUAUUUGUCCCCUUAUACUAUUCUUGAUAAUAGAGGAAUAAUGGAGAAAAACAAGGAUAUCAUGGUUUUUGUUAUCAAUUGUUUUAUAUUUUUAGUAAUUUGGUGAAUCUUUUCAUAAAUUCUUGCAGUUUUUUCCAAUAUUAAGACUUAUAUUAGAAUUUUCUGAAUGUAGCAUUUUUACAAUAUUCUGGAAUUUUUGAGUUAUUAAAACUAGUUAAAACUUUUGGUUAUUUAGUUUAAAAAAGAAAAAUUGUUCAUAGUGGUAAAAAUAAAAACUGAGUAUUGUGCCUAAUUUGUUUUGUAUGAUUUCAGUUCAAAUUUAUGAUAAAAUUCCUAAAAAGACGUUAACAAUUGAAAUUAAAAUUGUAGUUAAUAGUUUAUUUAUUGAAGUUAAUCUAACCUAAAGCUCUUAUAAUUACUUGAACAGUAGGCCAGAUAUUACCCAGUACACCUUGGUCAUUGCAUAAUUGGACUACUUACUCAACUAAGUACGAAUAAUUGUACUACACAAUUGUGUAUUUUGUAAAAUAAUCUCAAGAAAAAGACAUUUUAUAGUAAAAUACUGUUCUAUUUUACUUGCAUUCUUAGGCAGGAUGUAACAUGAAGAUCUGAUACCUGAAAUAAAUUUUGUUUUUUCUAAUAUCAUUCCCAUAUUUUAUAAUUUUUUUUUAAAAUAAAAAUUGUUUUUACAAAAUCUAAGAUAGCUAUUAUGAAUUUAUUUUAAAAUAAAAUUUUGGUGUUCAAAAUAUUUACAACUGAUAAAUAGUUAAAUUUAUAAAAUUGUUUGAACUUGACAAUUUAUCAUGGACUAAUUGUUGAAUUGAUUUUAAAUAUUGUACAUUUUAUAAAAUUGCUAUAAUGGUUUUAUAAAAACAAUUAUCUUUUUUGGCUUUUAAAAUAAAUAUAAAAUGUAGGAAUUAUACGCAAGGCUCUAUUAAUUAUUAGCAGACAAAUAUUAAAAAAGUUAUUUCAUAUGUCAGAUUUUUGUGCUACAUUCAGCAUAUAAAUAUAAUAUAAUAAGUAUGGUCGAAUUAAAAAAUCCUGAGUAUGCCACUAUAUAUCUGUACAUUUACAUAUUUAAUUUAAUUUGGUUAGGUAUAUUUAUUAUUAUUGUUAAGGAUGUAUACUUAAAAAUAAUUAUUAUAUUCAUUUUUAACAAAUUAAUGAAUUUGCUAUUAAACUGGUUAGGUAUAAUCGCAGUUUAAUAUAAGAUGGUUACAGAAUGAUCAUUAUUCAUUUAUUGUCUAUAGUUUUAGAUGGCGGCAAAACAUCUUGUAUGAUGUAUUUUCAAUUGGUAUAUUAUUAUUUUCUUCUUUCACUGUAGGCUCCCAAGUGAAUAAUAUUCGAAACUUUCUUAAUUAUAAAUACAAUUUUCUUAAAUUGUGCUAUUUGUCAUUAAAUAUACAAUUUAAUUAGCCAACAAAUUUAAUUUUAACUAUCUUAAUUGUUAAUAAUUCUUUAAUUUCUUGGAAUGUUAUAUUACAAUAAUCCAUUAGAUUACACUACUAUGAAAGAAGUUUUUUUAAGUAGGUUAUUAUUAUUACUCUGAACAUUUACCGAAUACUUUAAUAGUUAUCACUGCCUGUUGUGUAACCAUUCUAUCUAUAACUAUGGGUAGAAUUAACACCAAAAAACAAGUUCUUAUUAUAUACCAAUAUCUAUUGUUAAUAUAUUUUUUUUAAUAAAAUUUGGAUUCUUUAGUUCUAACUUAUCAUCACCAUAGUUUAAAUUAUAAAUUAUUAUUCAACAUUUAUAUUGAAAAUAUAUUGAAAUAACAAUUGUAUGUGAAAUAACUGAAAAUUUUGGGAUUGUAGUAUGUAUGCACAGGGUUUUUAGUUAUAAUAAAUGAAGUUACGAAGAAAAUACAAGGCAAAGUACUUUUAUGGAUAUUGUUAGCAGAUAAAAUAUCAUUAAUAGAAAAUCUGGAAGAAGUUAACAGUAGAUUUGAAGAAUAGAAUAAAAGGGGUUAAGGAUGAGUAGGAGUUAGUAUAUAGAUGAGAUUGAAUCUUUUGUACUAAAGAAUGGAGGCUUUGACAUAGACAUGAAACAUAGGAUGAAGUGUGAUUCUAUAAAUUGAACAAAAGCGUCAGGUAUUUUAUGUGACAAGAGAAUUCCAAUAAGACGUGUUUUACAAGAAUAUUAGAAUAGCAGGUGAAAAAUAAGACUGAGAAUGAAUAGCAUAAAUCAGAAUGCUAAUUUUACUUAUAUAGAAUGAUGAGAGAAUAUAGGACAAGGAGGAAGUACAUAGGGGUAAUAUAGGUGUAAGUUAGCAAAUGCGUGGCUUUGAUAGUAAAUAAAAUUAGAGAAAAUAGUCUCGGAUGGUUUAGGUAUGUCAUGAGGAUAGAGGAAUCAGAAGCAUUAAGAAUUUGAAUGCAAAUAAACAUAGGAAGAAAAAGAUGGAGAGGAAGGCCGAAAAAGAGUAGUUAGACAUAAUUGAAAAUAAUACGAAGAUAGCCAAUGUAUGUGACUUGAGAAAUUGGGUUAAAUAGAGGUUUAGAACGAAAGUAGCCACUCAAAUAGUUGUAAUUAAGGUAAAGGAGAGGAAGAUUUUAAAAACACUAUUAUUGAAUUUGUAUUGAAGAACUAAAUCAUUACAUAAAUUAAUUUUAUAUAAUUAUAAUUUUUCACAGUUUAAAAUUGUAAAUCAAAGAUGAUUAUUUAUAAUAUAAUAUAAUAUAUUUUUCCUUAAUAAAAAUUAUCUUCAGAUGAAAUUCAUGAUGGUAUGAAUAUUGAACUUUAUUAUCAAUAAAUACAAAGAGUUAAAAUUAAGUCAAUUGUUUUUUUUAUUUUAAUACAUGUAAUUUAAAUAAUAAAGAUAAUACUCUAAAAUCAUGUUCAUAAAUUAUUCGCACAAAAUUAAAUACAAUAUCAAUUUUAGUUUGUUUUUUUUUUUUAUGUAUAAUUUCAAAUUUGUAGACUGAAAUAAUUAAUAUACAUAAUUUGUUGUAAAUUUAGUUCAAUGUAGUCUAGAUGCAUUGACAUUAUUUGUGUGGAUUGGUACCAAUCCUUCUGCUAGUUCAUAUUGUGUGCUAUUUUCACUAUUUAGUAGAUCUCUUAUAUGUUGCACAAUCAAAUCAAUAGCAACUGUAAAAUAAGUUGUUUAAUAAUCAUAGGCCAUUCUAACAAUAUCUUGUAAAGUGUUUGUUAGCACUGUCAGUUAACCGACAGAAUUUUUUUUAAUUUGUAGUAGAAAUAACUGCUGGUAAGCACUAACGAUCACUAUACAGGAUAUUGUGAGAACAUUGUAUAACUGUACAAUAAACAAUUAUAAAUGCCUUCUUAUUUUUUUAAAUUAUCAAAAACAUCUGCUUAUAAAUAAUAAUAUAGUAUUUUUAUACAUAUACAAAAAGGUCAAAAAGCAAGUAACUCGCAAUUCUAUAAUUUUAAUUAUUUUAAAAGUGACAAUUUUCCAUUCCAUUUAAUAUAUUUUACGUAAUUAUACAUUAUCAACAAAUAAAUAUUUACUUUUUGAGUUGUAAAAAUAAUCAGAUAACUUUAAAAUAUCCUAGUAAGUGUUAUCUUGAAAUAAUUACUGUGAAACAUUAAUUUAAAAUAAAAAUUACAUAGUAUUCUUUUAUUAAUUAUACAUUUGUUAAAAUGAAAUUGUAUUUAUGUAUAAUUUAUUAAUUUCAUUAAUGAUAUAUGUAUUAAUUCUAUUAUCCAUGUUUUUCCAUGUAAUUCUGCUAGACUUUAAAUAAUUUAAUAAACUUGCAAUUAAAAUGUAGUAUAAUAAAAUAUUUUGGUAUUAGAUUCAGAGUGUAGCAAGGGAUCAAUUGGUUUACUAUGAUAUGUUAUUUUGAUGAAAAUUGUAUUUAUUACUAUCCUUCAAAACGUGUAGAACCUAUCUUCACUCCGAAUAGUUUUUUAUUUACAAUAGUUUAUCGUUAGUUACAGGUAUUAAAUAAAUAACUUUAUGUAUCCACCUUUUCACCUUCCCAACUACUAACAUACAACAAUGGCUGUACCCGUCCCCAGUAUUGGCUCUUUUAGAUUCCGAGCGUUACGAGGGAGCUAUUGAUUUAAUUAAAAUGUUUAUUUCUUUUAUUCUUUGUUCUAGUCUGUGGACAUGUUUUUUUCUAGUAAACUUGCUCCGAUUUUUAUGUGUAGCAACUUUUCUGAAAGCUCAAGUUCUCUAGAUAAUACUUCAAAGAGGUCAUUUUUUUGAUUUUUAACACCAUUUUUUUUUAUAAAAGCAAUUAAGUGGGAAAAAUAUAAGAAAAUGUACAAUUUCACAAUUUCAUUUUUUUAUAAAACCACGAAAGACAUUUUCUACCAGAAAAAUGAUUUAAUCAAAAAAUCAUAAGACAACUUUUUUGUUUCCUUUUUGAUUUAAUUCUUUAGAGUAUCAUCGUCAAAACUUUUGAGCUUUUAAGGAAUUUUAAUUUUUGAGAGUUUUUUACUAUAAUUCGGUUAUAAAUGUACAUAGAGACUUAAAACUUGGUAAUAAUAAUGAUAUAUGACUUACCUAGAUGUGGUAAAAUUUCCAAAAUAACCAGAAAACUUUCUUUAAUAAGUAUUUUGAAAUAAAAUUUAAAUGAAAAUUGCAAAAAAUAAUAUGGCGCUUCAAAUUAUGUAUUACCGAACUGCGCUUGGAAUUAUCUUUCGUCAAGCAAUAGUUUAUUGUUGCUUACAGAUAUAAAUGAAAUAACCUUAUGUAUCCUACCUUCCCAACUUCCCACCUAUAAAAAUGGCAGCUUCCAUCCCCAGUAUCAGCUCUUUUUUUUUUUAUAUCUUUGUUCAAACUAAUUUUAUCUUAUUGGUUUUACAUUUUUAAUUUGUUUGUUUUAAGAAUACAAAUUACAAAUGUUGAAAAAUAAAUUGUAAAAUUACAUUAUAGUGAGAAAAGAAACAUACCAAUAUUUUCGGCUCCUCUUGGUAUAAUAAUAUCAGCAAACUUUUUAGUCUAUUACAAUAAAAAAUUAAUUAUUAAAAAAAAAAAAAUGUAUUUUUGAAUCGAAAUAAUUAAUAGUUAUAAAAAUUAUUAGUUUACUGGUAAACAAAAUUCUUCAAAAGCUGGUUUUACAAAAUUCAUAUAUUGAUUUAAAACUUGUUCUAAAUCUCGGCCUCUUUCAUUAAUAUCUCUUGGAAC